GCAGUACUGCGUCAAUAAUACAAAAGAAACGCCUUCUGCCUUGGCGCCUGGUUUUGAAAUGCUUGGGACCAGAUAAUACAGGUGUGGCUAGACACACAACGUAGCUUGUUUAUCAAGAAUCGCAAUAAAAGUUGCUUUUGACAUCAGCUGGAAACAUCAGCCGCGAGACUCUGUCCUAGGAAGGACCGACGCCCGACAUGGAAUCGACCGUGUUGAACCUGCACAACCAGUUUCAGAGUCUGCUUGCUCACUCCGAGAUUCUCAUUGAGGGCAUCGAACCACAGUUCAUCCAGAUGGCUCUGAACUUCGAGGACUGCAGGCAGAAGUGGCUCCAGUGUGAUGAGAAGCUUGUGGCAUGCAAGGAGGUGCUGACCAAAACGGAGACUGAGAGGGGGGCUCUGGAGGUCAAGCUGAAGCACGCGCGCAACCAGGUGGAUGUGGAGAUCAGACGGCGCCAGCGGGCGGAGUCUGACUAUGAGAAACUGGAGCGUCAGAUCCAGCUGAUCCGGGAUCUGCUGGUGGCGGAUGGUUCCAGCAGCAGCCUCCACCUGAGCGAGGAGCAGCGCUCGGCCUUGGCCUUCCUCAACGCCCAUUCCCAGGCCGCACAGGCCGCCAAGAACAACACCAGCCUUAACACCAGCCGCAGGUUAACCACCAUAGAUGAAUCUGCUUCCUUGUUGUCUGACAUUAGCUAUGACAAAACGGAUGACUCUCUGGACUCCUCUGUGAUAAGGACGGUGCGACUGAGGAAGCUCCAGAAAAGGCGCUCUCCCAGAAACCUUGCCGAGCCACCCCAGCAGGUGGUGAAGAAACCCCGAUCCAGUGGCCGAACAUCGGAGAGGAUUAAUGACUCCAUAGUGACCAAAACCACCAUCACAGUGCCCGUCAACGGAGGUCCUGUGGAGGCCGUGUCCACCAUCAAGACAGUGCCUGGCUACUGGAUACGCACCAGGACUGAUCCUCAGGGUUGGGACAGUACCACUACUAUUGACCAAUCAGAGACGGCUAGCGAGGCACCCAGCACCACCCCAUGCAGUGAGGCUCCACUCCCACUCAAAACACCCAGAGCCAAAGGCGGGGUCCGAAAGCACGAGUUCCUCGCCAAAACGGUUAUCAAGUCAGAGUUAUGCGUGCCCUGCGGAAGGAAGACCAAGUUUGGAAAGCUCUGCCUGAGGUGCCAGGACUGCAGGAUUGUGGCUCACCCAGAGUGCCGUGAUCGCUGCCCCCUGCCGUGCAACCCUGUCUCCACAGGCAGCACACCCGUCAGGACCAGAGAGCCAAGCACCCUUGCAGACUACGCUCCCUCCUCCUCUCCCAUGAUCCCAGCCCUAGUGGUCCACUGUGUCAAAGAGAUCGAACACAGGGGUUUAAAUGAGACGGGUCUGUACCGUGUGUCAGGCGAGGGGCGCACAGUGAAGGAGCUGAAGGAGAGGUUCCUGCGGGGGAGGACGGUGCCGGCCCUGGCCAAGGUGGAUGACAUCCACUGUGUCACGGGCCUCCUCAAGGACUUCCUGAGGAACCUCCCUGAGCCCCUCCUCACCUUCCGCCUCAACCGCGCCUUCAUGGUGGCUGCAGAAAUUCAGGACUAUGACAAAAGCCUGGCGCUGAUCUACCAGACCAUCAGUGAGCUGCCCCAACCCAACAGAGACACUCUGGCCUAUCUAGCCAUCCACCUGCAGAGGGUGGCCCAGUGUGUACUAGAUACCAAGAUGGACGUCACCAACUUGGCCAGAGUGUUCGGGCCCACCCUGGUAGGCCAUGCCGUCCCAGAACCAGACCCCAUGACCAUCCUGCAGGAUACCAACAGACAACCAAGGGUGAUGGAGCGCUUGUUGGACCUUCCUCAUGAGUACUGGAGCCAGUACACAGUAGAGCAGCAGGCCCACGCAGACAACAUGGUCAAGGGCAAUGCUAACUGCUACGACACUCCUGACCACAAAGUGAGCAUGCUGGGGCCAGUGACCACUCCAGAACACCAGAUGACCAAAACUCCCUCCUCCAGCUCCCUGUCCCAGCGAAUGAAGAAGACCCUGUCAAACACCACCAUAUUUGGAAGCAAGAGCAAGGCAUCUGCUAGCUCAAGUCGCCAAGGAGGCUUUUUUGCCUCCCCUCAGCUGAAGUAGGGGUCAAGCCACAGUAUUUAGGGAAACGAUACAAUUCUACUCCAUUUUUUUAAUACUCUUUUUCUAAAGAACCAAUAAUGCAGUAAUGUGGUCAGUCAAGGAGAAAAAUCUGUUCUUAACUUUCGCUACUGUAUAUAAGUGGCAGGUAGCCUAGCGGUUAAGAGUGUAGGGCCAGUAACUGAAAGGUUGCUGGUUCGAAUCCACGUGUCAACUAGGUGAAACAUCUGUCGACGUGCCCUUGAGCAAGGUACUUAACACUAAUUGCUCCUGUAUGUCACUCUGGAUAAGAUAAUCUACUUAAGUGUACUGUAUUUCAUAUACUUUUAUAUCACACCCUUUAGACUCUCUUUUAUGAACCAUGCAAGACUCGGUUUAGCUUUAAACUAACUGCUGCUAAUAGCUUUAUGUGACUUUAAACUAAAUCUCUCUUUUAAUUAAUGAUUUUUUUUUUUUAAUGCUAUACAAUUUUUUUUUCCACUUGUGUGGAAUAUGUUUGUAGUUGUGAUGACUAGGGCCAGGAGUUUGGGGCACUUUUUGUGGUGUUGUGCUUUAACCAUUUAUUUCUAGCAUUAUCCACUAGGUUUGCUGCACGUAGGAAAUCCUAGGAAAUGUUAUUCAGUUGACACAAGCUGUCUCCAAUCAAUGUCGGGUUGUGCGUGUGUGUUUUGGUGGGAGGAUCGCCUUAGACAUGGGAGCCGUAGUGCUGUGAAUCUUAAUUGCACAAAGCCUUUUAUUUGGCAGGGAAUACUAUUUGUAGAUCAUUGAUUCUACACCUCAUUUUUCUCAAGUGGAUCGAAUCCUCUCCAAUGGACUCGGAUAUUUUUGCAUUUAUUUUUUAAUUGGGGUCAGUUAAAGGAGGGUCUUUGGCUGCUUUUACACAGGCAGACCAAUUCUUGUCUUGUUUUCACUAGUUGGUAUUUUGACAAAUCAGAUCAGGUCUUAAAAAAGACCUGACGUGAUUGGUCAAAAAUAUCAGAAUUGGGCUGCCUGUGUAAACACAGACAAUGAAACCAACCAUGGAAGUACAUUGUAAUGAACUUGGGGGGUUAGCCGGUGUCAUUGAUUCUCCCCUUUUUAGAGAGGAUCAGCAUGAGCAAAGUGAGGUGUAGAAUCACUGAUCUACAAAUAGUAUUCCCUGCCAAAUCCGUUUUAUACGAUUUUUAAGAUUAGCAGAGCUACGCCUCCCCCGCCACACACGCACAACCAGACAUCGAUUGAUUUGUGAUUGGAAACAGCUUGUGUCAAUUACAGCACAUUUCCUACCCGCAGCAACAUUAGUGGACAAUGCUGGAAAUACCUCAUAAAGGUCCCAAAGAAUUCUGGCCGUUAUGAUGACUUAUCAGUAUGGUCAAAUCUGUCUACUUAGGAAAGUCUAUCCACACAUGUGACUUUGCUGCUUCAAACCAAGGACCUUUGACUUUUCUGUGAAUUGAUCAGUUGACCGUUCACUAUACAGUACAUGCUGUUGUGUAAAGCCUAAUCGUGUAUACAUUAUCUAUUGAUAGUGAGUUUUAUACUGUGAUUGUAAUCACAGAGUAGUGGUACACUAACCAGAAAAAAUAUACUUUUUUUUUUGUCUACAUUUUGUUGCAAUCUUUUGGGGCUUGUCCUGCAACUGUUAAUGUGAUCUACAUUUUGGAAUGUUUUACUUUGAUGUUUUAACUUUUUCUUUUACAGUAAAAUAAUCAUGCUAACCUCAUAAGGUAACACAUAGAAAGGGGAUUAUGUAAACUUUCUAACCAAAGAUGGCAAUGAAAACAUGAGAAGGGCUCUUACUGGCCAUCUCUGUACGAAUUUGAAUAGGAAUAGUAAGUCAUAUAUGCAUCCUGGCAUCCUUGUGCUCAGAGUAGCUGUAUGUGUACCUUGCGGUUGAAUUCAAGUUUCUAUGUUGUAUUUCAUAUGGCUUCCAAAGAACCUAUAGGAUUCUCUGCCUUCUAAUACAAACUCUCUAACCAAAAAGUGUUGUUAUUGAUCCACAAUUAUCAUGCCAAUUGUAAAACUUGAUGGGAAGGAGAUGUUGAAGAUUCCUAUACAAUCACAUUUAUGUAGUGAUUUCCCUUUUGUGUGUCACAGUGCACCUUUCAUUUAUUUUCCAACCUGAAGUUUUAUUUGAUCCACAAGGGGGUGCAAUUGCACCAUUUUCGACACCCUCAUAAUGCACUGUUUUAUACAGUAUAAGAAAAAAGGUAGUUUUAAAGAAAUACAAUAGUUGAUCAUGUGAAUAUACCAUUUUGUAGUUGUCAUGACAGAAUUUAAAAGGGAUAAUUCACUGCAAGUGUUUUCAGGAGUAAUACACAGCUAACGUAAAGUUUACUUCACGUCUCAUGCUGCCGGUUGUAUAGAUUCUGGCUAUAUAGGGCUAUGUCUCAAUCCCAUAUUAAAGGAUGAGAUUAGAAACCA